UACUUUGACUCAUUUGCAUUCUUUGCUUUGGAAAGAACAGCGCCUGCGAUCAAAUUCGCGGUAAAUAAAGGCAUAAUUAAACAUGCGCGAUACCUGACCAACCAGAACGUGCAGAACUUCACAACUGAGUGACCUCACAAUCGCUAAUUGUAACUUAAAGAGCCAGUCUUAAACACAAAGUGGCUUCCGCGCCGAAAGAUAAUAGUCCUUUGCUUGGUAAUGCCAACAUGGCUGAGCAGUCCACUUCAGAGAAUGUCUCCGAUCCGAGAGCGGAAGGUAAAGUAGAAAUCGAAAACGUUCAUGUAAGCGAGAAACAAAAAAUAAGGGAAUCUACUGUUAAUGAAAAUAUACCAGAAAUCGAUAUAGAUGACAUUGAAGCUGAUCAAGCACAUUCAACUGACUGCAAUGACUACGAUGACUUUAUUGGAGAAAUUAUUAUUUCAGUAAGGAGUGAGCUCGCUGAGGCUGAGAAAGAGCCAGAGAGGUGCUGCAAUGAUAGAAAAUUCUCCACACGUAGCCAAGACAGCUCGACCUGCAAAGAAGGACGGCGCAGCGAAAUGAAAGAUCAAAGCUCUCAGGCCAGUUCUUUGCCAGAAGAAGCUGUAAGCGACGAAGUCAAAAUACUGAAGGAUAAGCUAGCUAUUAAUAAGAAAGACACUGAAACUUUGCGGAAAUUACUGGAAGACGUACGAACAGACUAUGAAGAAUUACAGAAAAGUUUCGAUAAACGCACUAGUGAGACAAAAAGUGAGGAAGGCGAAGUGCCGAUGAAAGAGAACAAUGAAAUGAGAAAGCGGAAAGCUGAGAAAAAACGAUCGAAAAAGGUUUAUAAGGUUUCAUCUUCAGAUGAGAUAACGGAGUGGAGAUUUUCAGAUAGUAAGACAACGAGUUUUACUAAAGAAUCUUCAAGUGCUCUUCAAGUAAUUGACAGUGGCGAAAUAGCAUGCCCCUGUCUUGAGAAAAGUAUUCGUAAAAUCGUAAAGGAUAUCAGAGAAGAAUUCAAAGACACCAUUCUGGACUUCAAACGAUGCUUUGAGGAACAGUGCACAAGCAUCGGUGAAGAAUUAGCCACGUUAAAACAUGAAUACUUGAGCGCUGUGGAAGGAAGGGAUUCUGAAAUUAUCGGCUUUGAAAAAAUCAUCAAAGGCUUGCAGUCACGAUUCCUGGAAGAAGACAAAGAGUUGAUAACGUUCAGAUCGGUUACUGCAUCUGUUUUGGAAGAGAAGCAGAAAUUAUACGACGAUAUUCGUUUGCUGAAAGAUGAACUCUUGCGAAAAAAAUUCGAAAAGGAAGCUAGCCAAGCAGAGUUAGGGAAAAUGAAACAAGGUUUAAAGAAAUAUUGCACCGCUGAAGAAUAUGAAGAUUUGCAGAAGUUAAAUUUUCAAUUUGAUGGAGACUGUGGAAGUAGAGGAAUCGAUGGCUGCGGUCAAUCUUCUGAGAAUAUGAAGGAGUAUGAUAAUGUCGGUGAACUUCAAAACAAAAUGGAACAGUUCCACCCAGUUUUGAAAAAAGCUAAGCAGGAAAUUGCAAGGCUAAAAGAAGAAAGAACGGAGGCUCAGAAUCGUUUGGAAGAAAAGAUUUCCGAAGCGGUUAAAUUAGAGAGUUAUUUUAACAAACAGUUGAGCGAAUCUGUAAUGGAACUGAAGCGAAAGGAAAGAACAAUUACCGAACUGAAAGAACAGUUGUCCAGUGCAGAGCUGAAAAAUUAUCAACUAAACAGUAAAAUAAAUCAGCUGGAGAAAGAGAAGGAAGAUUUGAAUAAAAAGUAUAUGCAAGAGUUGGAAGAAGUUAAAGGUGAGUUGAGGCCAUUCAGCAAGAACCGUCAACUAAACAAAAAGAGGGGCGAACAAUUACAAAAUGGGAAUGACUUGCCUAACGAUGAUUACAUUGGACCGAAAAAUCAACUUGAAGACAAAGAAGCGAAAAUGCUUGCAAGAACGACAGAGACUGAAGAAUAUUUAUUUGACGAAGACUACCAGAAACGAUUUCUUCAGGAGAAGUCUUUGCUUAAGAAAGAUCUUGAGGCUGAAAAGAGAAAAAAUGAAUUGUGCCUGUUGGAAAUAGAAAAACUUCAGAGAGAACUCGAUCAGUGGAAGGAAAUCGUCCGAGAUGAUAUGGAUGCGGGCGUAGGAUUCCUUCGGAUCGAAAAUGAAGAUUUGAAAGAUGAGUUACAAGAGAAUCAGAUAUUCAUUAAAGAGUUGAUGUCAAAGAAAAAGCGACAUACCCAAAUAAUUAAGAAGUUGCGGGCAGAAAAUGUCAUGUUGAAGAAUUCUAAGAACACAACAGAAGAUGAAUAUGACGAUUUAAUUUCAUAUGAAUCUGACGACGGAACGUUUGAUGAGGGGUUUAGUUUCGAACAAACUACAACCCAAGAACAGAGAGUAAGACUGGACAAGAAUGGGAAAAUUGAAAUGGGAGCUCCACUUAAAAAUGAGAGCAAAAAUCUUUACACUGAUUCCAGUUUUGACUUCUUGGAGUACGACACAAGCAUUAGCGAAAAGGAAUAGUCCAAGGAAAAUAGUAUGCUGUAAGCAAAUGGACCGACCUAUAAAUUUAUAACAUUACUUAUUGUAAACGAAAUAAACUGUGAGAAUCUUUGCGUAUUUGUUAGAUACCAGCUCUCUUUGUCAUCUUAACU